UCCAUGGAGUGUUACACUUUCAUUCAGUCAGGCAGAGUGCUGAGAUUGAAAAAAAAAUUUUUCUCUUUUACUUUAUUUUAUAAGAUUUCCUCUUUACUAGAGAGAAGAGUGAAGUUGUAAGGUAUUACUAAUGAAAACAGAAGGACACUGACAUGUACUAGCAGUAGAUAUCUGAAUUAUUUGACUCACAACAGACUGAGCAGUAUCUGUAGACAAUAAACAAUACUAACAACAACAAGAACAAUAAUAAUAAACACAGCAAAUCAUAAUACAUAAAUCACUCUCCUUCAUAUUUACAUAAUACAAACAAUGACAUACAAACUGUACUUCUUCUGCGUGUGCGCAGUAUUAUUCACAAAGUGCAUACCUGGGGUGCUUAACCUUCAAACAAAUAAUUUGACCACUGCAAAACCUGAACCAGUCACAACCACCUUGGACACAUACACAGCAACCCAAGAAGCCUUCACAUCUAAAUUUGAAGAUGGAAGAGUAGAAGAUGAAGAUGAACAAGAUCUACCUCAAAACAAGACACAGAUUAAUGAAGAUUUUAUUUCUGCAAUAAAGCUGAGAAAAUUACUUUUCUCAACAAUGACACCAAUACUGUGUGCCCUUGGAAUUCUUGGAAAUAUCAUGAACUUGAUCGUACUCUGCCAGAAACAGAUGAGAGGGUCUACCAACUGCUUCCUGAUAGCACUUGCUGUUUCUGAUAUGAUGCUUCUCGCCAUGCAGAUAGGACCCUUGAUCGUAUCCACUGAGAAUGUUAUUGGCUACUCACGAAAGUAUAUAAUUACUUCUCGUUACUUAAGAAUUAUUCGGUAUGUGACAUCAAAUUUCUUCAUUACAUGCACCAGUUGGUUGACCGUGGCAGUGACAAUUGAACGAUUCAUAGCAAUACGGUUUGCUCUUAAAGCAAAAAUUAUGUGCACCGUGUAUCGAGCCAAAGUAGCUAUUAUAGCAAUUUUUAUCACAUCAUUUGUAUUCCAUUUCUCAAAAUGGUUUGAAUAUGGAGUCAAUUUUGAUCACACAAACAGAGCACCAGUAACUUCGAUGCCAUUAUCACACAACAAAGCCUACAUGAGCUUUAUGCAUUCAACAAACAUAGCAAUAGCUGUUUUCAUCCCAGAGAUUUCGCUUUCCAUUCUCAACACCUUGCUUGUAUUUUACCUCAUCAAGCAUACGGCAUCAACAAAACAUAUGAAGAAGCAGACUUCACAGGAAAUCGCCCACAUCACAACCGUUGUCAUUACAAUGGUUUUGGUAUUUAUGAUGUGUCAUUCUAUUGGACUUUAUCUUGCCAUUAGCAUCUCUAUCUAUGAUAGAAACAGUGUGCUAGGCACACCAACAGGUAUUAGGCUGAGAGCAAUAAACAAUUUCCUAGUUCUCAUCAAUUCCAGUGUCAACUUCAUUCUCUACACAGCUAUCAGCCAACGAUUCCGAAGCACCAUGAAAGGCAUCUUCAUGAGCUGUACCAAGUCUGGUUAUAAAUUACCCAAUGGUCAAAGAGCAUAUGGUUCAGCCAGCUCAUCAAAAACUAAAUCAACAUCAUCAGGUCACAGUAAACGAAGUAAUAAAGAGUCAGUAGUAUAAAUCAUAAAGAAGAAUUAUCAGAAAUUGGACCUAAAGUGUGAAAUAAUUUACAUAAAUAAUUGUGAAAAACAAAGUUCUGGAAACUGAAAAUCAUCUACAUUUUUUUUUUUUUACAAAACUA